CCAAGAAAGUGACCAAACAAACCACGCUCCUCUAAUCCUCACCCCCUCCCCUCCCGCCUCCCAAACCGAGUCCACCAAAAAUUUCCCGCGCGGCCACGCCAAAUUCCCCUUCUCCCCCACCGCUCGCGCCUCCCGCCCGGCCGAGACCCCAACACAACGCCCGCCGCGCGCGAUCUGCCUUCCCUACCGGCCCCAGGAUCCAGCCGUGGCAGAUCCGGCCCUGUCCCGCGGCGCCAUUCCGUCGAACACUUCGCGCGCGGUGGCAGGAGGGCCUGGGGGAGGAGGGGCAGGAUGUACGCGAGGCGCGCGUCGCAGCUGCUGAAGGAGCUCGACGCCUGCGAGCCCGGCCAGCUCGUGGUUUUCAACAGCGACGUAUUUGAUCAGGUCAUUAGAGAGUGCGGUGAGCACAAUGCACAGUUUCAGGCAUUGAUCAGAAAAAUGGUGGAGCAAAACUUAGACAUUGAAACAACAAGAAACGAAGACCACUAUGGUGCAGCUAUCCACCAUCUCUCGCUGCUCCGCAACAAAAGAUGCCUCAUGGCUUACAUGUACAACCGAGCAGAAACUAUUCGGAGUUUUAGAUGGAAAAUUGGUCCUGUGCUUCCUCAUGAAAUACAAGAAAAGCUCAAUUUCUCGGAGAAAGAGUACUUCAGAAGCCACUCUUCAGCCAUUAAGUCUUAUAUCUCAGAGAUGGAUAUAGAUUUAACAGUGGACAUGGUACCCCCCAAGGAUCCUUAUAUCCAGGUUCGAGUGCUGGAGGACAUUGGUGAAGUAUCUCUUGGUGACCAUUCCGUGUCAUUGACAAAAAAUUCACUCCAUUUCCUUAGGCGCACAGAUGCAGAACAGUUUAUAUCACAGGGUCUCAUGGAAGAAUUUCUGGAGUAGGGAUCACAUAUGAUGUAAAAUAGAUUUUAAGUACCAUCCACAACAUUUUCUUCGCUGCUGCUGUCUGGUGGAAUAUGCACUCUUGAGGUUCUGAUUGAGACUUAUUGAAAAAGGAAAGCACAUAUGCUAUCUUCAGAGGCACGAGGCAACACAAGGCACUGUGAACUGUGGACCUCCAGCCUAGUUGUUAGUGAUGACUUGUAGUCUUUAGAUGAAUGGCUUAAUCUUGUUGUAUUAUGUUGUGACAGAAUUUAAAACUUCCUAAAAUUGUAUAAGCAAUUUUCCUGUAAGUCAUGCAGUAGAAAGAUGACAAGUUCUGUUUUACUGAAAAUGACAACUUGACCUCAACCUGAAACUCUUAAUGUUUUCUGAGUUCUGGCAAA